CUUUAACAUACUAUAGUUUUAAUAUGAUUUUAUUUGUAAUGCUUGUUAAAAUAUGUGUUUUGUAAAGUUUUAGGCUGAAAUAUAUUCGCAAAUUACCAUUAUUAUUAUAAAGUUUCAUUUUAUAAAUCAAAAUGGCCACUAAUCAUUUGACCAAGGAAGAAAUUGGGCAAUGGAUACGUAAGUUAAUCGAUGAAAAAGUACAGAAAUACGCCGAUAGUGGCCUGGCUGAGCACGUGAUUCGUGAUAUUGUCAGGGCCGAAGUGAAUGCCGAACUUCGGGAAAAUGGUGUUUUAUUUAACCCUGGCACUCCAACACCUCCAAACACGUUCGGUAUACCCAGAAAAUGCGGAUCUACCAUCGCCAAAAGCUACCGGCCCUCAGUUUGAUUGCAGUAUAUGUAUGGAAAAGCAACCACUGGGCGACUCGAUAGAGUGCGGGUGCGGACACCUAUUUUGCGUGGACUGUAUGGGCGGGUAUUUGUCUAACGCUAUUAGGGAGGGUAAUGUCGAGGAUAUAAAGUGCCCGGAUAAAGAUUGUCAAACGGUUGCCCAACAGUUCCUGGUCAGUUAUAUUGUAUCCGAUGAACUGUACGCCAGGUAUGAGUGGUUAUUAUUAGUGGCCGGUGUUAAAGAUAUGCCCGAUGUGGUGAGUGUUUGA